AUGACAGCAAAAGAGACACUGCGAUGUUCGUAUUGGUUUAACUUUCUGUAUAUAUUUGUAAUUCAAGGAAUUGGCUCCGGAGUGGUCGGAGGUGGAAUUGAAUUUGCAAUUGCAUACGGGAUGUAUUGGAAUAGCGAGUUCCCAGUUAUGCUGUGGGCAUUUCCUAACACGUUGAGCGGUGAUUGUGCGCUGAGUCUUUUUAUACAAGUGGGUGUUACUUGGGCCUUGAUGGAGAUUUUCAUCGGACUCGAUUGCUUCAAGUCCAGGAGUCCAGUCAUUCCAUUUUCCCUGCCGCUGCCAGAUAAACAGAAGCAUAGAAUCGUAUGGUAUUAUUUUGAAAUCGAGCACGGCAUAAGUAAAGAAGGCGAGAAUGAUGUGAAAGCGUACCUCAAAAGACAAUUCAUAAGGUACCCUGAUCGAAGUUUGCCUUACAACAUCAUAUAUUGGCUUUUCUGGAAAUUCGUUGUGUCAAUGACCGCCGCCAUCGGUUUCUGGACCGUAGUCUGGCCCGUUACGAUGGGUAUAUUGGCAGGUAUCGGCAGAAAGGUUGGGUCCCACGACUACAUGUUCCACGGCUGGGAGCCACAGGUAACAAAACUAAUCUAUGCUUUCGUGCUGGGCUUUCUUACCUCGCCCUCAGCAAUAAUCGUCAUUUUGAUACGUGAUAAAUGGUAUAUGGAUUACUCGGCACAACGGAACUCCAAGUCACUGUAUGAUGAAAAGAUCGAUAUGGGCAAUUCGGAGGAGCAACUCCCCUCUAACGAACAAGGUUCGGACUCAGGACCGAGUUCUAAUUCUCGCAAGUCACAUCAUAUGCAUCUACCACCAGUUUAA